GUCUGCAUCUGGAUUCUCUCAUUUCACCCUAUAAAUAGAACCCAAUUUGCUUUCUACGUACACGCACACACAUAUAUACAGCCUAAGGGGCAUCCAUUGGAUCUCCAAAACAAUUUUCUCCGUUGCCUCACAGCUCAUAUCCAUGGCUAACUCUUCUACACUUCUCUUCCUCUUCAUCUUCUUCCUCUUCAUCUCAGGUGGAAGUAUCAAGCUUGCUUACGGACAGGCACCUGGACAGGGAGCUUGGUGUGUGGCAAAGCCAUCAACUUCAAUUGAGAAGCUCGUGGCGAACAUAAACUAUGCGUGCAGCGUAGUGAACUGCAGCCUGAUCCGAGACGGAGGGCCAUGUUUCUUGCCUCCGUUGCCCAUGAACCAUGCCUCCUUUGUCAUGAACCUUUACUAUCAGGAAGCUGGAAGACACUUCUGGAACUGUGACUUCAACAGUUCUGGCGUCAUUACCGUCACCGAUCCCAGCUAUGGCAAUUGCAAGUUCCCAUUCAACGGCUAGACUAUUGGAACAAUUUUGGAGAAAUUUCUGGACUCUUAUCUAUGCAAAUCUAUGACAAAUCAUAAUAAUAAGAAUAAGAAUCAUGUUGUCAUGUUGUUGUUUCGUUUCAUAAUAAGAAGAAAAAAAGUGAACCAACACAAAUAGCCCAACCACUCACCACUCAAGAAAUGUAUGGCAAAUAAAAGCAGACUAUUGGGACCAUUU